AUGAUUCGUUCUGCAAAGCCGAUUGAAAAUAAAACAUGGGUAAAUUGGGAUGGUGAAAUUCAAAUUUCACCAAAUGCUAUUUUUGAACCAUCUAAACUCGAAGACCUUAUAGAUAUUGUAAAAUUAGCAAAAGCAAAUAAUAAAACUAUUCGAUGUGCUGCUCAAGGGCAUACAGAAAGUUCUCUGUCUGUUACAGAGCAUUAUCUCAUAAUAGUUACGAAUUUAAAUCAGAUUACAGUGCAAAAACAUCCAAAAUAUGGUUGGACUGUUACUGCCGAAGCAGGUACAUCAUUAUCUGAACUUGAUAAAGCACUCCGAAAUUACGAUCCACCAUUAACUCUUGAUUCUGAGACUUUACCUGACAUAUUACGAGUAGCCGGUGUUAUAGCAGUAGGAGCACAUGGAGCAAAGACCAGUUCAGGCAUUAUGUCUGAUCAACUUUACUCUAUGAAAAUCGUUACUGGGUCUGGUGAAGUAUAUGAAUUUAGUGAAGAAAUAAGUAAAUCAGAAUUCAAUGCUGCAAAAGUAAAUUUAGGUUUGCUUGGGAUAAUCUAUUCGUUGACUUUCCGUGUACAACCGAUGUACAAUCUUCGUAUGACAGACAUUUAUGUUCCAAUAAACGAAUGGCUUAAUCCAAAGAAUAUCAAAAAUCUUUUAGAAUCAUCUGAUGGUAUUGAAUUAUCUUAUCAGCCAUUCAAUGGAUUCAAUCAGAAUGAUCCGAAUCCUCUUGAUCCUAAUAGAGAUCUACUUUGGGUUAAGAAUUGGGUACGAACUGAUGAAUCUGUGAGCUUCACACAACAACAGAUCGAACAAUUACAUGAAACUCAAAAUCAGAACGCUAUUAAUCAGUAUGAGCUCUUAAGUAGUCUCUUGCAAAAUCCCGAGGCAACUCCAAAUAUUACUGCCUCAUUAUUUUCUGGUAAUGGUAAUACUAGUUCUGUAUUUCAAGCUCCUGAUGCUAUCCAUUUUUUUAUCGCCGAAUAUAAAAUCAAGCUUUAUUUUAUGGAAAUUGGGUUUAAAAUUGAUCCGGAUUUUUCCAAUGUCGUUACUGAAUUUUCUCAUGCAAUUCAAACACUAUAUGAAUUUGCAAGAAAAGGAAAAUUUCCAAUAAAUUAUGUUAUAGCUAUUAGAAUCGUAAAAUCUACUGAAGCAUUAUUAUCUACUACUUUCAAUAAUGAUCCAAAAACUUUGUAUUGUUAUAUAAAUUUUGCAACAGUUAUUGGUACUCCUUACUGGGAAGAAUUUACACAAUUAUUAGCACAGAGAUAUUUUGAUAAAUAUAAAGCAAAACCUCAUUGGGCAAAAAAAUGGGAAUUUAUUCCAAAUGUGAAAACUUAUCUUUCUGAAGUUUUAUCAGAUCAAAUUAAAAAAUUCGAGAAAGUACGCGCAAAGUAUGAUCCUAGUAAAAUAUUCUUUGAUAAUAAGUCUUUGCAAGAUAUAUUUAGUCAUGCUUUAGGUUCAUGA